AUGAACAAGACAGAUAGUACGUGGCGAGCAGUACACAUCAACAAGCCAGAGAGUACAUGGCGAGCAGAACACACGAACAAGCCAGAUAGUACAUGUCGAGCAGAACACAUGAACAAACCAGAUAGUACAUGGCAAGCAGAACACAUGAACAAGCCAGAUAGUACCUGCCAGAUAAUAUGUGGCAAGGCCGAACAUAUGAGCAAGCUAGAUAGUAUAUUGCAAGCAGAACACAUGAACAAGCCAGAUUGUACGUGGCGAACAGAACACAUCAACAAUCCAGAUAGUAUGUGGCGAGCAGAACACAUCAACAAGCCAAUUAAACACAUGAACAAGCCAGAUAGAACGUGGCAAGCAGAACAUUUGAACAAGCUAGAUAAUACAUGGCAAGCAGAACACAUGAACAAGCCACAUAGUACGUGGCAAGCAGAACACAUGAACAAGCCACAUAGUACGUGGCAAGCAGAACACAUGAACAAGCCACAUAGUACGUGGCAAGCAGAACACAUGAACAAGCCACAUAGUACGUGGCAAGCAGAACACAUGAACAAGCCACAUAGUACGUGGCAAGCAGAACACAUGAACAAGCCACAUAGUACGUGGCAAGCAGAACACAUGAACAAGCCAGAUA